AUGAGCGGCGCCGAGGAGAGCAGCAGCCGGAGGCAAAGGAGCCCCAGCUCCCAGCAGUUCAUCCUCGUCCGCCUCAACUUCUUCCUCCGACGGAGGGUCCGGUGGGUUGUUCUUCCUGAGAACCAGAAGUUCAAAAGGGGAGAGGAAGAGGAGGUCGCUUUCGUCACAGUAGGCGACCGCCUCUCCAACGUGCCCCCUUUGGCUUAUCCUCACUUCUCCCUGCCCUUCAUCCUAGACAUAGACGCUAGUGACCUGGGUAUAGGGGCUGUCCUGUCUCAGGUGAAGAAUGCAGUCGAGAUGGUCAUUGCCUAUGCUAGUUGCAUCCUGUCGCCGGCUGAGCAGCGGUAUUGUGUUACUUGGCAGGAGCUGGUGGCAAUGGUCUGCUUUGUGCAGUAUUACAGGCCCUACCUUUAUGGCAGGGAUUUCGUGGUCCGCACUGACCAUGCGGCCGCUCAGGGUUUACCGGCUGAGAUAGCAGCAGCAUCAACACCACGGACACUCACGCUCCCCUUGCCAACAACACCAUCUCCAUUGCCAACCAGCCACGAGAUGGCUGCUCUCAACAACACCUCGGUCGUCGUGUACGCGGCCAAAGACCUCCGGCUGGUGAACCGGGAAAUGCCUGUGCCGGGCCCCAACGAGGUGCUGCUCAAGAUGCACUCGGUGGGCAUCUGCGGUUCGGACGUGCACUACUGGCAGCACGGCCGCAUUGGAGACUUCGUACUUCGAGAGCCAAUGGUGCUGGGCCACGAGGCGGCUGGCACCGUGUGCGCCGUGGGGGCCAGCGUCACCCACCUCGUUCCUGGGGACCGGGUGGCCAUUGAGCCCGGCGUGCCGCGCGAGAACGAUGAAUUCUGCAAAAACGGUCGCUACAACCUCUCCCCCAGCAUCUUCUUCUGCGCGACGCCUCCCGACCACGGCAGCCUGUGUCGCUACUACACACACAGUGCCAGCUUCUGCUACAAGCUUCCCGACAACAUGAGCUAUGAGGAGGGGGCCCUCAUUGAGCCGCUCUCCGUGGGUAUCCACGCGUGCCGCCGCGCCGGCGUCUCACUGGGCAGCUAUGUCUUCAUCUGCGGGGCAGGUCCCAUUGGGCUCGUGUGCCUCCUCGUGGCCAAAGCGAUGGGGGCGGCAAAGGUGGUCAUCACAGACCUGUCGAGCGAGCGUCUGGCGAAGGCGCGGGAGCUGGGCGCCGACUUCGUCCUCCUGUCGGGGGACAUGGCGCAUCGCGUCGCCGAGUGCCUAGGCGGCGCGCCACCUGAGAUCUCCAUCGAGUGCACGGGCGCUGAGGCGUGCGUGCAGGCCAGCAUCUACGUGAGUUGA